CAAUAAUCUGAUAAUUAAACCUCAAAAGUAUACUCAGGUCAGUGAGUUAAGUAACUCCUCUUCGUCGUUCAGAAUUAUUUAAAGGAAGUGCUUUUCAAUUAGCUGCACUUUAAUAAAGAUAUUGAAAGCCAUGGCAUCUGAACAAGAAAGUUGAGUCUCCACUAUAUUUGGAAAGCGUUGUUGCUAGGAUGAUCACUGGAUUUUCCAAAUCUCCUGGCCAGCGAGGCCCUCAGCAUGAGAGUUAUGAAGAAAAAUAUGAGCGCCGGUGUGAGAAACACGAAAGCCUGCUCCGAAGAAACAACAGGACCACAUGCCGUCUCACAGGCAAAGAAGCCAAAGAACCAGCUCAGAGCCCUCGACAAAAAGAAUUCUUCCGAAGAAGGAAUUUAACAACUGAAGAGCUUGGAAGGACAAAAAUGAUGUUGCCUCCUGGCAAGAGGGGAACUGUAUUUCCUGUAAACUGUUCUGACAAUCUAGGGGAAAUACCACCUCAGACCUAUUUGAACUAUUUGUCAAAUAUCCAGCCUCAUACCAAAUCUAUACAACAUAACUUCAGUAAUAUUUUCCCUCUUAGCAAAUCAUCCCAAGCCAUGCCCGUUAUGAAUGUUCCCACAAACUGUAAAGGUACACAAACCACAAAAGAACUGAGUUCUGAAAAGAAAAACUCCUGUCAGCAAACAGACUGUGGCACAGCAGUUUUAGAUAAGGAAAUUAUUCAACUUUCUAACUACCUCAAUGAGGCACUGCAUCGAGAACUAGUCUUGAAAAAGAAAAUGGUGAUUUUACAAGAGCUUCUAGCCAUGUUGCUAGAAGCAGCAGAAAAAUCUUGGAAGGGUCAGUUUAAUGAAGACAAACUCAAAUGCAGGCUGAGUAUGUUGGAGAAUCAACUGCAAAUAUGUACCCAGAAUUAUUCAAAGCGAGGCUUAAAAAGGAUUAUCCUUGAGAUGGAAGAUCAAAAGCAAAAUUAUGAACAGAAAGUAAAAGAAUCUCUUCAGAAACUGCUUGAGGAGAAAACGCAGGCACAAAAGCAAUUUCAAAAUGCCCAGAGAGCCCUUAUUGUUGCCGUGGAUGACUGUAGCCUCUGGAAAGAUCAACUUGACAACUUAAAAAAAGAUUGGAGUCAACUAACUGACCAGCACUCUGAAGUCAAAAACAAGUUGCAUGUCUUGGAGAAUAAACUGCAGUGGUCAGACACUCAGAACUCUCAACUUCAACAAGCCCUGAAAGACAUGGAGAAUGAGCGUGCAAAUCUAUAUUCAAGAAUUGAUAAUCUGCAAGAAGAAAAGAUACUCAUCAUGAAAUAUCUUGAUGAAGUGGAAGGCAAGCUGCGAACUGAAAAAAAUCAAAAACUCAUAUUGGAAGCAACAACUGAACAUCUUCAAAAGCAGAUUGUCACAGUGCCCAAUGAAGUCCUCAGUUGGGUGACAAGUAAGCAGAAUGUUCAAUCAGAGGAUCAAGGAGAGAAAGAGAGCAGCCUGAGAGAAGAAUUGCAAAAAAGGACAUUCCAGCUUGCAGCUAAGAAAAAAGAGUGUAUUGAUCUCUGUCAUAAACUAGAAAUCCUGAACAAUCAGUAUUACAGUUGCCUUGCCAAUUUACAGCAUUUCCAUGAUGAACUCAAGCACUCUCAAAGCAAGCCAGCCCAGGUAAGAGGCUUUGAACUUCCAUUUGUGCCACUUAAACUUGCAACCUUAAUCAUGAAAGAUAUGGUAGAUUUCCCCAAUCAACUCAGCAUUCUACAGAAAUUGGGAUUCAAAUACCCAGAAUUCUCAUAAACCCACCAAUUUAUCUCAGUGGUUAGCAUAUCUAGAAGUUGAAAUCCUAACCAAUCCAAACAAUUAUUGGUUGGUGAAGUCGUUAUAGUUCACCUUCCUUGUUUUGGUCCCCUGCUCAUGGAUUUGAACUUGGAUGUUUCAAAAAUAAAUUUUUUUAUAAAUGCAACAAAAAUAAAGAUGGUGAAGUUACAUUAUUAUUAAAAAGAUUGGGUGCCAGACUUCAUAGAAAGCCUGGGAUAUACAAACUGGGUAUUUUUAAAUUAGACAUAUAUGUUUAUUAUAACCUGUCCAGAGUCACUUAGGUGAGAGGAGUGGUGUAGAAAUGUGAUUAAUAAAUAAAGUCCCUUUAUACACUUGUAAUUUUCUUAAGAACCACGCACAAAAGAUUCACCUUGUGUCUCUGCAGCAUGUCUAUGAGAUGUAGCUUUUAAGAUAAUCUUUUAACCAAAACACACUGAAUAACAUUGAGUUAAAAUUCAUCUAUCUUCAGCAUCAAUUCUACUGUAUAGUUUUAUUUUUUCUUGCCAUUGUAGAGGGGAAAAAAACUAUUUUACUUCCGAUACAUAUAUUUUAAUCAAAUAGAGAUAGAAGUUUAUCUGGAGUAAAAUAACAAUGUGAAAGCACGAUAGCAGUGUCACUACAUGACUAGGAGUAAUUUUUUUCUGACUGUACUUUAUUUAUAAUCAAUUUAUUAUCUCAAAACAUUUUUUUUCAGAGAAAUCAUGAUCAUUGGAUUCCUAUCAUAACGGU